UCCCACUUGCGAGAUUAGACGAAUGAAUCUGAGAAAAUCAAACCGAUUCCAACUCAUCGAGAAAUGGACCGGUUCAAGGAGCGACCAAGGUACGACGACGGCGAAGAGUCUCCUCCACCUGACUCUGACGGCGGAGACGAAGACGGAUUGACACCGGAGCCUUUCGCCGGAGCUAAAAUCAGGAGGAAAGCGUCUCGUUACAGAGAGCACCGUGGCGACUAUCUCCACGUCGCCACUCGUCCUGGCCUGAUGAAGAUUCUCGAGAAACAAGGUGACACGUCGAUACGAUUCGCGGAUAAGGUGUUGAAGUUCACAGGCUCGGGGAAGAUGAAGAGGCGAAUCUUCAUCCUGACGGACUUCGCGAUCUACCUGAUCGAUCCCGAGAGCGAGGCGAUGACGCGGAGGAUAGGUUUGGCUGCGGUGGAGAAAGUGUGUCUGAGCAAGCUGAGCGAUAACUUCUUCGCGGUGAUUAUCCCCACGGAGUAUGAUCUGCUCAUGGCCAGCACUCGCAAGACUGAGCUUGUUCAGGUUAUGGUCGAUGUGACUAAGAGUGCUUCUGACUAUGAGCUUGAAGUGCUUCUCUCCAACAGGUUUGAGUACAAUGCUUCUGCCUCGUUAGUGAAGGAAGUUUCGUUUGAGGAAGCUGAAGGGGGUAUCAAGACCAGUUUUAAGUGGAAGUGACUGCACCUCACCUUUCCUCGCUGUUCAUAAACUUUCGUUUUGGCUACUAAAAAAGCUCAACUCAGAGCGGUAAUGUUGUUUAUUAUUAUUCUGUUUAAUCUUGUUUUUCCUCAGACAUGAAUUGUGUAACUUUUUUUAUUAUAUUGACAAGUGUAUUUUCUACAAAAUUUAUGUAUGAAUUGAGUUCCUUA